CACACACGUGCAGUAUCUCGUUUGUGCGUUUAAAGUUCACGGAUUUAAUGGCGCCACCGGCCUCGAAAUGGGGCGCACUAUCCACACCGCUGAGCCAGCCCGUGCUAGAAGUAAUCGAUGGCCUCGGGUUCGUCAAAAUGACUCCAGUUCAGGCCGCAACCAUUCCCCUGCUACUUUCGUACAAAGAUGUGGCCGCUGAAGCAGUGACCGGUUCGGGGAAGACGCUAGCCUUUGUGGUACCGCUACUGGAGCUGCUGCUUAAAAGACAGAAAAGUAGUGCCUGGAAAAAGCACGAAAUUGGAGCCAUCAUCGUCUCGCCGACGCGUGAACUUGCCACACAGAUCGACGAAGUGUUGGAUGAGUUUCUCGAACACGAGGCACUGAGCAGUUUCCGCAAGAAACUCCUGAUUGGCGGCAAUUCGGUGGAGGAUGAUGUGAUAUCGAUUCAGAAGGAAGGCUCCCACAUACUGAUAGCCACGCCGGGGCGUUUACAGGACCUUUUCGAACGUAAAGGUGACCUAAACUUGGCCGCCAAAGUGAAAAGUCUGGAGCUACUCGUUCUAGACGAAGCCGAUCGUUUACUCGAUCUUGGGUUCGAGGCGACGAUCAAUACCAUCCUGGCAUACCUUCCACGCCAGCGCCGUACGGGAUUGUUCUCCGCCACGCAAACCAAGGAGGUGAAGGAUUUAAUGCGUGCCGGACUGCGCAAUCCGGUGUUGGUUAGCGUUCGCGAAAAGGCAUCGACGAGUACCCCGAAAAAGCUGCAGAAUUAUUACGUGAUCGUUGAACCACAGCACAAGCUGGCGGCCUUGUUCGAGUUCAUCCGUAGCCGCGAAAUCAAGAAGGCCAUGCUGUUCUUUCCAACGUGUGCCUGUGUCGAGUAUUGGUCGAUCGCACUAAGUGCCCUCGUGAAACCGAUGGCCGUGAUGGCACUGCAUGGCAAGAUGAAAUCGCAACGAUUUAAAAUUUUGAAGAAAUUCCGCGAGGCCGACAGAGCGCUGCUACUGUGUACCGAUGUGCUGGCUCGUGGUAUCGAUAUUCCCGAGGUAGACUGGGUAUUGCAGUGGGAUCCACCAUCGAAUGCGGCCGCGUUCGUUCACCGGGUUGGGCGUACCGCUCGUCAGGGUUCGGAUGGUAACGCGCUCAUCAUGUUGUUACCCUCGGAAGAUGCCUACGUUGAGUUUCUUACCCGCAACCAGAACGUUUCUCUCAAACAGUUGAAACUGCAAACCGACGAGAGCGUAGCAGAUAGUACGCUCGCCACGUUACACCGUCUACAGCAGGAGGAUCGAGCCACGUUUGAUAAAGCCAACAGAGCCUUUGUCUCACACGUGCAAGCGUAUAGCAAACACGAGUGCAAUCUUAUCCUCCGGGUAAAGGAUCUUGAUCUGGGGAAGGUAGCUACGAGCUACGGUUUGCUGCAACUCCCGCGGAUGCCCGAAAUGAAGCCACACUUUGCCGAAUCGUUCAAAGGACCCGACUCAGCCGUCGACGUGUGGACACUUCGGUACAAAGACAAACAGAAGCAAGCUUCGUUCGAGAGCAAAAUGAAACUCUACAAUGAGACGGGUGAGUGGAAGGGAAAGAAGAAAUUGAUUCGAAAGAAAUCCAUCCCCUGGGAGUUGGCUACCAAGGCACGGGAAGAGCGUAAAGAAAUCCGGAAGAAGCGCAAGGAGCAGAAGCAAAAGCGGAAAGCGGCCGUCGAGGCAGGUGAGGCGGCACCGGCUGCGAAACGAAAGCGCAACAAGUUCACCCAAGAAGAGCUGGAUGAGUUGGCGAACGAUAUCCGGAUGUUGAAAAAGCUGAAGAAAAAGAAAAUCACGGAGAAAGAGUGUGACGAUGAGAUGGGUUUGGAUGAGGAUGCGUUUUCGGAUAUCACGUUCGUCGAGUUCACGUGUCCGUACUUGGAGAAGUACGAUUUCAGCUCCUUGGUGCUAAUGGUCCACGGAAGGUUACCGACAAACAGUUUUUGUACUCCGCGAGCGAUACUGCCAGCGGCAGCGGCCGCCGAAGUGGAAGACAUGAAAACGCUCGGAACGUUCGAGCGGCGGCGGCGGCAGCAGGACGGAAAACGCGGAACGGCCACCUUCAACAAUUACAGCGCUAUCACAAUGCAUAUGAAAGGACUGACGCUAUCGGCGAUCCUCGAGCAGGGCACCACUCGACGCCGCAAAUCGCCACCGAAGGAAGAGUGCCCCAAGAAACAGAAACGUGACUCUUGGCGGAAGAUUGCAGCAAUUUUGAACAAAUGUGAGUCGAAACGGACAAUAGAAGAAACGCGCCUGUUGGAAGAAGAGAAGCAAGUGGUUAAACAGAUUCUGGAACGACGCAAAAGAAAUGUUGAGUACAAGGAGCGCGUGCUGGAGACGGAAGAUGAGCCAGAGGUGAUCGAACGAAAGGCCUUGAAAUUAGCGCAAGCUAUAGCCAAGGCUAAUCAUCUGAUCGUGUACACCGGCGCCGGCAUAAGCACGUCCGCCAAAAUACCGGACUAUCGCGGUAGCCAGGGCAUAUGGACGCUGCUUGAGCAGGGCAAGGAUAUCGGCGAGUACGAUCUCUCGUUGGCCGAUCCUACCUUCACGCACAUGGCCCUGUUCGAACUGCAUCGAAGAGGUAUUCUGAAGCACGUGCUAUCGCAAAACUGCGAUGGAUUGCACCUGCGGUCUGGAUUGCCGCGCCAUUCACUCUCCGAAGUGCACGGCAACAUGUACGUGGAGGUGUGCAAGCAAUGCAAACCGAAUGUCGAGUAUUGGCGAUUGUUCGAUACGACGCAGUUCACUGCACGCCAUUAUCACAAAACCAAUCGGCGAUGUCGCCGCUGUGGUGGUCCCCUCAUCGAUACCAUCGUACACUUUGGCGAACGAGGCCAGCUAAAGUGGCCGCUCAACUGGGCGGGCGUUACACCGCAUACCGAGAAGACUGAUUUGAUUCUAUGCAUUGGCUCAAGCCUGAAGGUGCUGCGAAAGUACACCUGGCUGUGGGCUACGGAUAGGCCGAUUAAGAAGCGGCCUAAGAUUUUCAUCGUCAAUCUACAGUGGACGCCGAAGGACAAAAUUUCGACUCUAAAAAUCAACGGACGUUGUGAUGAAGUAAUGAAAAUGGUGAUGAAACACCUCAGCAUCGAGGUUCCGACGUAUAACCGCCUCAAGGAUCCCAUUUUUGCUCAUGCAACUCAUCUUUUGCCUGAAGAACAACAUACGGCAUCGCAGCCGGCGCUGAAGAAUGGUGUUGCCAAAGAGGAACCGGCAUCGACCAGUGGCGAAGGUUCAUCAUCGUCGACAAGCGUUAAAAAAGAGCCCGAAAAGGAUGAUCCGGCCACGGUGGAGAUAAAAACGGAACCCUCGUUUGGUACGCCAUCGCAUCUGUCUCCUCAGCAACUAUAUUUCAACAAUCUGCUACUCGCACAGCAGCAACAGCUACAGGCUAGCUAUAAUAUGUUGCUAAAUUCCGUAAAGCAACCCGACCAACAAGCACGCCCGGUGUUACCCCCCUUAGUUCCUUGUACUCUCCCAACAGCAAUAACGCAAGCGGCAGGUGCACAACAGAUAAAGGUAGAAACAACCAAUGAUACACCGGAAAAGCCCAACACGGUUGAAGAGCCACCAAUGAAUGUCAUUAAAAUUGAUACGGCGUCCAGUUUGUUUGGCAAUUUGCGCCAAGUACUCGGUACCAUCAACCGUACCGCCCCAGUGGGAAUCGAUGGAAAGAGCAACUUUGUCGCACCACCAUCGACUGAUUCUGUUUUCCCACUUCCGCUUCUGCUUCAGCCAGGUGUUACUAUCGUACAAAAACCAUCACCUUCGCCAGUAAACGUUGCUGAUAAAGGAUCAGAAUCAAAACAGGCAGUGCUACCGGUGUGUAAUAAGAUACAACUGAUCAUGAAACCGGUGAUUGUUAGUAAUCCUCCUAGCUUAGUGCCAAUCCAACAUCGUACAUCACUCACCAACGUUAAGCUCAACAGUGAUGCCCAUAAAAUAGCCGAUCCAUCGAAUAUCGUAGAUCUUGAUGAGAAACCUUUGGUAGAACAUAAGGAAAAUGAGGAUCAAGAAAAAGAAGCAAAGGAACACAUCGCAGCUAAUGCGAAUGAUAAAGAAAACGGAUCGGUUGUUGAUGACGGCAACGGAACAAAAAAUGGGGAAGAAAAUCAAUCGAACACAGCAUCACCCGUAACUGAAACAUCGAUUGAAUGUUCCGGGAAGGUCUCUCAAGCAAACGAUAAAGAAGAUAUCGUGAAUGAGCUGGAGAGCGGUACCAAGGUAACGCCACUAGUGACACCAAAACAGCCAGAAGACAGUAUUGUUAGCAAUUCUUCGGAUUUGAGUGAAAGGAGAUCGAGUUUAGAUAACUGCAAUGGAUCUCAAAAUAUCGAAGAUAACAUCUUGCCAAGUGAACAACCUCAAGAAGAACAAAACGAAGGAAAUGAGCGGUUAUUAAGUGAUCAAGAACCGGCUGGAAUCAAUCAACAACCAACUGAAGUAUCCAAACAAUCGCAUUCGGAGGAGAUCAUAGAAGAAAAUUGCACGGAAACGAUCGUAGAUUCUUCAAACAAUCGGAUUGAGGGAGACGAUGAUAAACCGACCUGUGUUGACCAUACGAUUCAGGAAGGAAUAAAAGAAAGACCAGAACAGUGUAUCGAAUCCGCUGGAGACAACAUACAAUCCAAUGCGAUGGAAGCAAAAUGCAAUGAAGAGAAAUCACACAGAAGUGGUUCACCCAAUCCCACGGAGCACACAAAAGAAUGUGCUGGUAAUGAGCUGCCAGAAUCUGCCGUAACGCAUUUUUCGUCUCUGACAGAAGUCGGAGUCUCAAAAGAUCCUGAAGAGGAAAAAGAUUGUACGAUACAAAAUGAAUUAACAUCUACCAUCGUUCACGGGUCAUCCUCAGAGGAUGAAGAUAAACUACAUCAACCGAUUACACGAGAGAAUGUAAUAUCGCAGAUAAGUGAGAGUUCGCUAAUUGCAGAACACUUGGGUGAUGAACCGUCACGAUCGAGUAUUGCUGAAGAUGCUGAAAACUCGAAAAUUGAACCCGAAGAAUGCCAGCAUAGUACCGCUGCAAAGAAGGAUGAUCAAUCAAUCACAUCGGGUGAAAAUGAUGGUUCUUGUAUUACUGCUGAAAAGGGUGCGACAGAGAAACAAUUAGAUAACGAUGAAAAUGCAAAAAGGGAUCCCGAAUUGAGCGAUCCUGCGAUAAGUUCGUUCGAUAAUAUUAGAAUCGAUGUAGCUGAUCAUAGUGAAGGCGCAGUUGUAUGCCUUAAUGAAAGCAAUGUCCCCGAAUCCGCAGCACAUAAAUCACCUGAACAUGCAUUCGAAGUUGCACCGAAAAGCGAAAGCGAAAGUGUUGAAAAUCAAUGUGAAACUGCUGUGCAAGAAUCGCACAUGAUGCCGCUCAACGAAGUGAUUGAACUGGAUUCUAUCAAAGAAGCAGAACAACCAUCAUCAUGUUCUAGUGGAGGUAAUCCUGAUCAGAUUCAUACGGAACCGCAUGUUGAAUCAUCUGUUGACCCGCUCCAUUCCACCGCCGAAGAAACAAUUAUUGAUUUGGGUAGUGAAGAAUCGUGGCGUGAACAGUUAUGGCAAUUAGAGGAACCAGACGUUAGCUCUGAUGAGUCAUGCGACCAAGGUGCAGAAGAAGAAUCGAAGACGAAGGAAAAUAUAAAGACUGAAGCUACCAGUGUGAUUGAAGACGAUGCGCCAACAGAGAGUUUGAAGAUAAGUUCUAUUGACCGAGAUAAACACCAAACAUGUGACGGGAACGAGAAUGAUCCUGUAACUGACAAUGUUCCUGAAAUUGGUUCAGAUAUGGGUAGGGAUAAUACCCAACAAAACGUUUCUUUCGCUUCACUAUCACUCUUGGAAACGGUGGAUGUUUGCAAAGAACCCAACCAACAAGAUAAGGCGCAUGAAAUGGUUAAUCCUGUAGAAACAGACGUAAUUAUCAUAUCUGACGAUGAAUCAGACGAUCUCCCUUGUGCUACGCCCCUUGUAUCUUCUACGAACGUUACACAAACAACUAACAAUCUGAAGCCGGAAAAGGAAAAAUCAGAGAAAAUGGUAAAUGAUGUGUCGGAGCCCAGCAAUAUCACAAACAUCAUCCCAUUAAUCGAUUCUCCAAAGUCUAGUGAACCGCAGAAAUCCAAUGGUACUGAUAAUGUCGUGAAGCAUGGGAAGCUUAAGAACGUGGAUGUGAAUUUGUCACUAGAAACCGACUGUGCGAUGGACCUUGCAGCUGAUAAGACGACAAAAUCUGCAAAUCGUGACGCAGGGAACUCGGUGACAUCUUCACCAACAAUAGCCGGAUCCAAGCCUGCCAAUGCUAAUGAAACACCACACCGCGCUAAAUUGUCAUGUGGUGGCACCAAUGGCAAAUCAGGACAAACCAGUAGUAAUCCGAAAAUGGUUAAAGUCGUGCUCAGCAACAGCGCCCUGUUUGAGCUAUAUGAAGCAGCUCCCAAGUUCCCUGAACGGUCUCCACCAGCAUUAACAUUGAUCACGCCUAUCAAGUAUCACAUGCCAGCACACGUGCUCGCAAAGAUGUCUGCAAAGCCCAAUGUCCUAUCGAAUGUGCAAGGUGAAGCGAAAACCGAAAACAAAUCUUCUAACGGAGUAUCGAAUGUCAGUGGAAUGCCAAACGAAGGAUUAAAGCGUACCAACCCGAUGCAAGUGGCGUCUUCCAUAUCCAAUGGAUGCUUACCUGGCAUGCCCACAAUCGGCAGUACAGUGCCAUUAACCAGACCCUCCGCCGUUGCCGCGAGUAAUGGAGUAAAAGGUUUACCGAUGACGGGAUUAAAUACGGCCAAUCCAACCGUUCUCAACCCUCAAUUGAUGGCACAACCGAAUGGUGCAAUGGCAGCAUACAUUAUCAAAAACAAUAGUUUCAUCCCUACCAAUGCUUUAUAUCCAAACCUGUUGGGAUUUCCACCUGGGUUUGCUACAAAUCUAGUCUUUCUCACGAGUCCACCCAAGCAAAAACCCACCACAGCAGAUGGAGUAUUAAACCAACUGGGGACACCUCCUCCAGAUAUGACCACGACGGGCUUGCCAAUGCCAGCAUCCCCUACGACUCCGGCCAAAACAUUUCGAGUAACUUCCGACGACCAGACGGAAGAUGACGAGGAGGGUAACAGUAGAAUGCGCCGAUCAAAACGGUUGGCAACGGCACGGAUCAACAAGCAGCUUGCGACUCCCGAAAAAUCGGAUUCCGAGAGCGAUUCAACAUCCGACCAAUCGUCACCUCCUCGCUCGCGAAGAGCUUCUACUCGACGUUCCAAUGAUACGGCUAAUGAAAGUGAUGAAACGUUCGAAGCUAGCGGACCGACUAGCGGGGAAGGGCGUUUGAGGAGUUUCCGCAUUCGUCGGAAGCCAGAGUUUCUAAACAUCAAACAUCCGGUGAAAAAGAAGAAACGUUCGAACGAAACGUCGGAGAAGGAGCACGUCGCACACAGCAGGCGGGCUUCUACAAGCAGACAACCGGCAAGCAGAGUGGAAAGGAAUAGAACAGUUCCCUCUGAGAAACAUCAGCAGCAACCGCAACAGCAGGAGCAGCAGCAGCAGCAACAACAGCAGCUCGGAGGAUUCCCCGGUUUAUCAGGAGGAACCGUUCCGUCCAAUCGAAUAUUCACAAUUUCAUCUCCGAUCAGCUACUUCCCAGCAUCGAUUAUCGCUUCGAUGGGCGAUGGCGCUUCAAAUUCAGUCAUGUCCCAGCAAGAGAAAUACAAACGCAUUCUGUCGUACUGCAAGGCCAUGCAGCAGCAACAACAGCAGCAACAGCAACAACACACGGCCAGUGGCUCCGCAUUACCACAGUGGUAUGACGUCAACUACGCCUACUCCGGUCUGCAUAGCAUCAUUCAUCCGCCACCACCGAACGUUACCUUAUGGGGUAGCUCUCCAGCACCAAAAUUGGUGCAGCACCAGCAGCCGCCUGCGGUUGAGUGUAAGUUCUGCUUCGAAAAUUACUCACAGUACACCUGCCAGUUCUAUAUGCCUCAACCGGCCAAAUUCAGCGUGAAAUCAUUCCGCCGCGGCAAGGAGAUCGUUUGCAUGUGCUGCGAUUUCUCGGAUGAUGAAAACGAAAAACUCAACAUCAAUCCAUCCAAGGUGGUGGAUGUGGACGACAAGCCUGCCAUUGCUUCGUCAUCGAGCCAAGCCGAUGGCGCUGUGGGUGAGCAGCCCGAGCUAGAGACAGGAAACCUGCGACAACCGAAGGUGGAGAAAGAGUUAGAGGAGGAUAAAGAUGAGGGUAAAGAGAAGAUUCAAACGGGACCAUCCGUUCCCAAACGGGCCAAGUGUGAAGUCGAUGCCGGUUCAAGAGACUGUUCCACCGGAACCACGGGCAAUGGGACGCUCACUAAACCGAAGGUCAAGCCGGGUUGGUAUGGCAAGGGUUACCGGAAACACCUACGCCGUAAGAAGCGAACUAGCCUCGGCUAGGCCACCAUCAUUUGCGGGGGAUAUGUUUCGAUGGUGCCUUUUAGUUUUGCUUGCGUGCUUGGCAUCAAUUUCAAUUCCACACCAUUUACCCCUUGCUCACCUGAUUCUUUCACUUGUCUCCCCCCCCCCCCCCCCCCCCC